CAAGAACCACCACCUACCCACCUUGGCUGUCGCUAACCUCAGGUAAGAUAAAUAUCUUGGGGCCACAUAUAUCCAAAAGCGCACUCAACUUUUCGAGGCAACGACAAUUUUCUUCACUUUUUUUUUUCUUUUUUUCUUUGUUGGCACUGAUUCCUUUUCUUUGUAAAUUCAGUCGAGACCUUGGGCAUUCGAGCUGGCCGCCAUAGGUAAUACAUCAUUGUUGCUUGCACGACGAGCAGCGUGGACAAGCUCUCUACCAUCAUUUGAGUUACGACACGCACGUCACGACAGCCUGCGCGCAACCAGAACAGAGAGCAAUUAGAACACACAAUUUUUUCCACAUCCGCCUCCCGGGCCUAAUAAGGCCUUGAAACUAAUCACUCUCGUCUUUCGCGCUCUUCGGUCACAAUGAGUAGCGACUACUCAUACGACGAGACGGGCCACCUUUGGCCCUUCUUCGUCUUUACGCUGACAACAAUUGUCACUCUUCCCCUUACAUAUGCCCUCGUAAACCGAUCGAGGGACCCCGCAGCCAAAUUCCCGCGGAUCAAGACCGAGUACAAGCCCAAGCAUGGUGACUUGGUGCAGGCGCAAAAGUCGGCAGAAAAACGAAAGAAUCGCACGCUAGGCCUAACACUCUUUGUUCUGGGCGGAUGGGCCGUCAUGGGCUACAUGCUUUACCUGAUCAGCGUCACCGAAGCCCCGGUGAACAAGCUCUGGAACCCCUAUGACAUUCUGGGUCUUUCCGAAACUGCAUCCGAAAAGGUCAUCAAGAAAACCUACAAGGAACUGUCGCGACGCCUGCACCCUGACAAGGUCAAGCCCGACCCCGCCAAGAACGAGACUAUCGAGUUGUUGAACGAGCGAUACGUCGAGAUCUCCAAGGCUUACCAAGCGUUGACGGACGAGGACGUCAGAAACAACUACAUCCAGUUUGGUCACCCCGAUGGCAAGCAAGGCUUCAGCAUCAACAUUGCCCUUCCCAAGGUGAUUGUGUCAGACGGAAAUGGAAAAUAUGUCGUUCUUGUCUACUUCAUGCUCUUUGGGGUUUUACUGCCUUACUGGGUCGGCUCGUGGUGGUAUGGCACCCAGAAGCGCUCCAAGGAAGGCCCGCUGAUGGAGAGCGCAAACCGCCUGUUUAGGGAGUACGAGGAUGACAUCGACGAAGGCGGUGUCAUCUCUGCACUAAGCACUGGCAAGGAGUUUGAGGAUGUCUUCAGGGGAAACAAGGCCGACUCUGGACUGUCCAAGAUUGAAUCCAGGAUACUGGCAGCUGGUGAAACCUCGCAAUUCGCUGCGGGCAUGUCCCUCAAGGAAAAGGAAAAGCUCGAGGACCUCGAAAACGGUGUGCGACGAAAGGUUCUAGACUUGCUUUGGGCAUACCUGGGACGCAUCGAGCUUGACGACGCCGAGCUCACGAAGGCCAAGUUUGAGGUCGCUCCAAUCGCCCACUCCCUCACAAAGUCUUUCACGGCCAUUGCCUUGGCGUAUGGCAACACCGGUCCUAUCUUGGCCUCAUACUACGCCAGCCAAAUCCUCAUCCAGGCGAUUCCGCCCAAGGCAUCCCCGCUUCUUCAACUGCCCCACUUCACCCCGUCUCUCGCCAAGGCCAUCGAGGGAGACUCUAGGGUACGCAUGUCAUUGCAGCGAUUCAUGGAUCAGCCUGACUCCCAGCGCCGAAGCCAAGCUAUCGGUGAUGGUCUACUCUCUGAAGCCCAGUACAAAGAAGCCGUCGAUGUCGCGAAGCAGCUACCUUUCCUCCGUGUUGCCAAGGCUUAUUUCAAGGUCACCGGUGAGAAGUACAUCAUCCCAUCGUCUCUGGUCACACUUGUGGUCAAGGGCCGAUUUGUGCCCCCUGGAAGUGAAAACGUCCCCGAGAUUGUUGAGACAGACUUGGAGGAUGUGGAUCCGGCCGAGGAUGACUUGGACGCUAUUCUUGGGCGCAAAAAGAAGCAAGUUGGUAAAGACGAACGUGGGAAGCCUGUAUAUGGAGCCGAUGACGAGACACCCGUUGUCCCACCUCUGGCUUAUGCACCGUACUUUGCACGCGACCAUUCUCCACGCUGGAAUGUCUUCCUCACAGACUCGAAGCAAGGCAAGAUGGCCGUGCCGCCGUUUACGUUUGCGCAGUUUGACAAGCCAAUCUUUAAAGAGGACGGCAAGACCCCGACAUACGAGAUGCAAACGCUCAAGGCCCAGUUCCAAGCGCCUCCGCAAGCUGGCCACUACACAUUCGUUAUGCACGUGGUGUGUGACAGCUAUGUUGGGUUCGACACUAAGAUGGAAGUCACCCUAGUUGUCGAUGAGGCGAGCAGGGCAGCCGAAAUGACAGAUGAGGAGGAGAUCAGCGAGCCGGACGAAGAUUCCAUCGCGGGCAUCAUGCAUGCCGCUAAGGGUGGCGCACCGCCACCACGAAAGAAGAAGCAGGUCGUCGAGGAAGAUGAAUCAGACGAUGAGAGUGGAACAGAAGAAGAAGCAGACGAUACAAGCGAUACGAACACUGACACCGAGGAUGAGUCUUGAAACACUCUCUCUUUGACUCUUUCUCUUGUCUCUUUCAAUUCGAUUUCUCAAGUCAGGCUUGCCGGCGGGAUCACUCACAUGAGAAGACAUUGGCACUAAAUUUAUACUCAUUUGUUGUUAUCGGCAUAUGGCUCGCCCAGCGUGUUCGAUCUGCUUAUGUGAUUGUCUUUCUUCUUCCUUGUUCGCUGUUAUUAUUACUCCCCGGGGAUUACAUGCAUCAUUCUUAGCUGUUUCUUGUACAUGAGUCUUUGGCGUUUCUUGGCUGCGUCUGGGUCAUUGGCUUCGUCUAGAUCCCCUCAUAUGUUUCGGGAACACACACAACCAGGUGCAUAAGGGCUUGAUUUUUUUUAUUAACGGGGUUUUCUUCCUACGCGC